UAGCAACCGACCACCACGGACUACUAUCUGCGAAGCAUUUUUUUUUCACGAAGUACAAUAGUGUGUGAAUCGAAUAAAAGAAAAUAAUUCCAGUUCAGAGCCUUUCUACGCAACUUUCCAUUUUAUUCAGUGCUUUGGGAGAGAUCGUGUUACAUGUGUGCCUCGUUCUUCAAUUGGAUCUCGGGCCUCUUUUCACCGUCAAGCAAUAUGUCGAUCGCCACCUACGAAGAAGUCCUGGACCUCCCGAACCAUCCGGAGAAGCUUCUGAUCGACGUUCGCGGUGCCGAUGAACUAGCUGCCACCGGUCAAAUCCCAACCAGCAUCAACAUUCCCCUUCCCACCCUGGAAAGGGCGUUAAACCUGCCGGCUGAUGAAUUCAAGGCCAAGUACGGCCACGAUAAGCCCCAACCGGACCAGGAGGUGAUCUUCCACUGCAAGCUCGGUGGAAGGGCCCAGACGGCCGCCGAUCUGGCUACCCGCCUCGGAUACACAAACGCCAGGAACUACAAGGGAUCGUGGACCGACUGGGCUGCCAAGCAGGGCAAGUAGGCUGAAUAAUCGUUUUUUACCACCACGCACCUCUAAAUCUAUAAGCUAU